AAGAAAGUAACACCCAAGAAGAGAAAAAGGCUAUGGAGAAGCCAAAGAAAACAAUGAUCCGAGACGACAUUUGCACUUGCAGUUGAGAUAUAGCAGUACUCUCAACUCUCCUCCUUCAUGCCGGAUCUUUCCCGCCAUUUCAAACCACCUCUCUAACCCAAUACCAUGACCACGAUAACAACAACCAGAACAACAUUUCCUCUAAAAUCUGCUCUUUUUAUAUCUUUCAUUUCCCUCUUCCUCAUCCAUUUCCUAAAUCCCUCCCAUAAAACCCUAACCCUAACCCUAACCCUACCUCAUAACAAAACUCACACCACCAACACCGCCAAAUACAUAGUCCGUUUCACGGAGUACAAGAAGGCUGAGGAUCAUCGUAACUAUUUGGAAUCAAGAAUUGAAUCAGCUGGUGGUGUUGCUAAUUGGGAAUGGAUCGAGAGGCGAAACCCUGCAAUGAAGUAUGCUACCGAUUUUGGGGUUCUGUUGAUUCGCGAUUUAGAGAGGGACAAAUUAAUUGGGGAGAUUGAGAGAUUAGAGUUGGUUAAAGAUGUGAAUGUUGAUUUGGCCUAUAAAAGGGAUUUGCUUGAAUUUAAUAAUGGUGCUUUUGUUGAUGGCAAGAAACGACCUGGCAAGAUCUUCACUUCCAUGUCAUUUAGUGAAGGAGAUCAUUUUCCUCCUCAUCAUGAUCCUGCAACUAGUACUUCUUCCAUUCACUGGGACCGCCAUCUUCUGAUGCAGAAGUCACAGAUCACUUCUUUGUUUGGGGCAGAUGUUUUAUGGUCGAAAGGAUACAAGGGUGCUAAAGUCAAAAUGGCUAUUUUCGACACUGGAAUUCGAUCUGAUCACCCCCAUUUCCGAAAUAUUAAGGAACGUACAAACUGGACCAAUGAGGAUACUUUGAAUGAUAAUCUUGGACAUGGAACUUUUGUUGCUGGUGUUAUUGCUGGUCAAGAUGCUGAAUGUCUUGGUUUUGCACCAGAUACUGAGAUUUAUGCAUUUCGUGUUUUCACAGAUGCACAGGUAUCCUACACGUCAUGGUUCCUUGAUGCAUUUAACUAUGCUAUUGCUACCAAUAUGGAUGUGCUAAAUUUGAGCAUAGGUGGUCCUGAUUACUUGGAUCUCCCUUUUGUUGAGAAGGUCUGGGAAAUAACAGCUAAUAAUAUCAUUAUGGUUUCGGCUAUUGGAAACGAUGGACCACUUUAUGGAACUCUAAACAACCCAGCAGACCAAAGUGAUGUUAUUGGUGUUGGUGGCAUAGACUAUAAUGAUCACAUGGCUCCAUUCUCAUCCCGUGGGAUGAGCACCUGGGAGAUUCCUCAUGGUUAUGGCCGUGUGAAACCGGAUGUUGUUGCAUAUGGGCGAGAAAUCAUGGGAUCCAAGAUCAGUACUGGUUGUAAAAGUUUAUCCGGGACUAGUGUGGCAAGUCCUGUGGUUGCUGGUGUGGUAUGCCUACUUGUCAGUAUUAUCCCUGAAAGCAAUCGUAAGGACAUUUUAAAUCCAGCAAGCAUGAAACAAGCACUGGUUGAAGGAGCUGCUAAGCUUUCUGGUCCUAAUAUGUAUGAGCAAGGUGCAGGAAGAGUUGAUCUGUUAGAAUCAUAUGAGAUCCUGAAGAGCUACAAGCCGCGGGCAAGCAUCUUCCCUAGUAUUCUUGAUUUUACAGAUUGCCCUUAUUCCUGGCCCUUUUGCCGACAACCACUCUAUGCAGGUGCCAUGCCAGUUAUGUUUAACGCUACCAUACUAAAUGGAAUGGGUGUCAUUGGCUAUGUUGAAAGUCCACCAACAUGGCAUCCUUUGGAUGAAGAAGGAAAUCUUCUAAGCAUUCACUUUACUUACUCAGAAGUCAUUUGGCCGUGGACCGGUUAUCUAGCACUGCACAUGCAAAUUAAGGAAGAAGGUUCCCAGUUUUCUGGAGAAAUUGAGGGCAAUGUAACUCUUAUGAUACGCAGUCCUCCAGCUCCAGGUGAGAAGAGUCCUCGAAGUAGUACUUGUGUGCUUCAACUGAAACUGAAGGUGGUUCCAACUCCAGCAAGGUCAAAGCGGAUUUUAUGGGAUCAGUUCCAUAGCAUCAAAUAUCCUCCUGGAUAUAUUCCAAGAGACUCUUUGGACGUUCGGAAUGAUAUUCUUGAUUGGCAUGGGGAUCACCUACAUACAAAUUUUCAUAUUAUGUUCAACAUGUUACGAGAUGCUGGGUACUAUGUUGAAACACUUGGUUCUCCUUUCACAUGCUUUGAUGCUCGUCAAUAUGGUACACUUCUGCUAGUGGAUCUCGAGGAUGAGUACUUUCCAGAAGAGAUUGAAAAACUGAGAGAUGAUGUUAUCAGUACCGGUUUGGGGCUGGCUGUGUUUUCUGAAUGGUAUAAUGUGGAAACAAUGGUGAAAAUGAGGUUUUUCGAUGAUAAUACACGGAGCUGGUGGACUCCUGUUACUGGAGGUGCAAAUAUUCCAGCAUUAAAUGAUCUUUUGGCCCCUUUUGGAAUCGCUUUUGGAGAUAAGAUCCUGAAUGGUGAUUUUUCCAUUGAUGGAGAGCAAAGUCGAUAUGCAUCUGGAACUGACAUUGUGAGGUUUCCUAGUGGUGGGUAUGUCCACUGUUUUCCUUUCCUGGAUAGCUCAGAGAGCGGAGCCACUCAGAAUGUACUGCUGACUUCGGGCAUGCUGAAGGCAGACUCCCCAAUCCUUGGCCUUGUAGAGGUUGGUCAAGGUCGUAUUGCUGUUUAUGGAGACUCCAAUUGUCUGGAUAGCAGCCAUAUGGUUACCAAUUGUUACUGGCUUUUGAAGAAAAUUUUAGAUUUCACCAGUGGGAACAUCAGAGAUCCGUUACUCUUUCCGGAUUCUGUUAAACAAGAUGAAGCCCUUCACAUUGAUGACAACCAAUUACCUUCUCGAAGAACUGAUGUGAAUUUCUCUAUGUAUUCUGCUGUUGUGAAAAAGGAUUUGAUAUGCAGGAGUGACUCGAGAUUUGAAGUAUGGGGAACUAAGGGAUACAAUCUACAUGUGAGGGGAAGGAAUAGAAGACUUCCAGGCCAUUCUUUUAUUGAUUUGGGGAGAGGUUUAAAUUCAACUGUUGACACUUCCAAUUUGAGACAUCCAAAGUUUACUGAGAAAAGUAAGAAUGACUCACUGGGAAAUACUUACUGGGGUAUGCUCUAUGGAGACGAGCUUGAUGCUCCUGUGCUAGUUGCUAGUCAUUGGCUUGUACCUGCAGUAGUGUCAGUUACUGGUUUUCUAUUAUUGUUGAGCAUUUGGCGGAUUCGACAAAGGCGUCGGCGAAAGAGGAGAGGUUCCGGCUCGGGUCGAUUAGCCAAUUUGUAGUGUAGAUUGAUCCGUCCAUCUGCUCGUCUCUGUUAAUGUUGGAAAAUCUGAACGCAUUUUUCCUUAAAAGUGUCAACACAUAUUUGCAAGUGUCGUCGCAGGCAUCAUUAUAGAAAUUAGCUUUUAUAUUCAGUAGAGUUGUAAAUUUCACUUGGGUUUGGAUGAUGCUUGUAAUGGCACAAAUUUUGAAUAGUAAAAGAAACAUAGAUAGUUUAAGCAGCAA